CAUCUCCGCUAAACAGCAGUUAUCCUUGAAAAUGCACGACGACGAGGAUAAUCCAAAAACUAACACCGAAGAACAGGAAGAAAUGGAAGCAACCGAAGAAGAACCCUCUAACAGUAAAGCAAAUAGAAAAGAUUCAUCGCCGCCAAUAUCAGAUGAUGAAACUGAAGAACCACCACCAUCAUUUAGUUUGGCAACAUUGGGGCUACAAAGAGUAGGUACCGCUCCUCCACCAAAACCGCAACCCCAACAACCAAUACAAAUGCUUAAUGCCCGCGGAAUGCCGGCUAGAAUACGCAAACGUAAUCGUCUGUUUUUCGAUGAUGACAUUAUCAACGAUGAUAAACCUCUAAGAAUGAGUCUUUCACCGCGUAAAGCGGGUGGAGUAAUGAAAAAUAUUUCACCCAAUAAGACGCCCACGAAAAUUUUGAAGAAACGCAAAGGUGUCGUGUCCAGAUACAUGCGUUCCGAAGAUGGCAAGUUGACCAUGCAACAGAGAUAUACCACGCCCACCAAAACAUCUGGUAAUGUUUCGGCUAAUACCACUCCCAAGUCGGGGAUGAAGAGUAGCAAUAAUACCCCCAGCUCACAUGCAAAUGCGGCUUCUAUUAUACCCGCCGAUAAGAGAAUUGGACAACGUAUUGGUUUACGCUUGCGUAAUUUGUUAAAAUUACCCAAGGCCCAUAAAUGGGUGAUAUUCGAGUGGUUCUAUUCGUUUAUAGAUAAACCUUUGUUUGAGGGUGAGAAUGAUUUUCAAGUGUGUCUAGCGGAAUCAUUUCCUCAUUUACGCACGCGUCAAAUGACCCGACUUGAAUGGCAAAAGAUACGUUCUUUAAUGGGCAAACCCCGGCGUUGUUCACAAGCCUUUUUCGAUGAAGAAAGGCGUGAGCUGGAGAGGAAACGCCAAAAAAUGCGUUAUAUGCAAACACGUUGCCGUUCAGGGGACAUUAAAGAUUUAAAUUUUGUAAGAGAUUUGCCAGAGAAGAUACCUUUGCCGCUGCCUUUAGGCACCAAGGUAACCGCACGUUUACGCGUACCACAAGAUGGUAUAUUUAGCGGCACUGUUGAUGCCUUUGAUUCUGUGAGCUCUACCUACAGAGUUACUUUCGAUCGCAAUGGUUUGGGUACCCACUCAAUACCGGAUUAUGAAAUAGUCUCGGAAAACUUUAACGAAAUGCUGCCAUUACAAAGCAUUACCAAAGACUUUCGUCCCAGUCUAUCAUCUGUUUACAAUGGUGGCAAUAGCUCGUGCAAUACCAAUAUCAUGUCUCCUUUGAGGGCAGCACGUAUGCGUAAUACUUUCAAUAUGAAUUUGAAUAAAAGUGAUCCUUUGUUGGGUCAAGAAGUCAUAGACAGUCCCUUUAAGAAUCCCGUACUCAGAGAGGAAAACAUUAAUGGUUAUCCACCAAAAUUAUUGGAAACAUUGGUGCGUUUGAAACGAGCUUUGGCCAGUAAGAAAUCCAAGCUACAGCGUCUCAAUGAUAUGAACAAUGAAGCGGAACUUAAAGCCUCUCAACAGCUAUUAGCUGCUCAUAACAAUUCAAACGCCUCAAAUUCCUCGGAUGAUAGUCAAAAUGCCGUCGCUACCGCCACCAACUCGGCUGGUGAUACAAAUACACCACAAUUAAAUGAGGAAUUCCAAAGACGUUAUGCUUCCAUAGUAAUAUCUAUGGAGAAAAUGAAUCGUGACAUACAGGACUAUCUUAACGAAGUGCAAGUCUUUGCUGGUGAACUAACGCCUGAUCCUCAGGUGCGAGCCAUGCUAACACCUUCAUAUUUACGCGAAAAAUGCCGUGAAUCGGCCGAAGAUGCCGUACAACGUAACAAUCAAGGCUUAUUAGUGAAUAAAAACAUUUUGGGCUUAAUUAAGAAAUUGGCCACUGUUUUAAUUGUGGCCUCGCAUCUUAGCACUGAGAAUUCAGCUCAAGUCAAUAAAGUAUUGGAGGGUUGCAUUGAGGAGGUGCGUUCCAGUUUGAAUAGCGUUAAUGUGGAAACCUUUCAAAAACAUGUUCAAAUACAUUUGCAUCAUAUACGCUGUGGCAUAGGACAGAGCAUGAUGAAUACCAGUGGUUCGGCUAAUGCCAUUACUUCGUCUCAUAUUGGCGGUGGAGCAGCUGGAGCUAUGGACCGUUAAACGGCUGGUUUUUUAUAUGCAAUUGAUUUUCUUUUAUUUUUUUACUUAUAAUUUUCAUCUUAUAUUUAAUAAUUAUUAAAAAUACUUGUUUAUUAAGUACGUUUCAAAAAUAAAUAAAAAAUAAUUAUUAUUUGGUUAAUAAAUG